GAUUUCCAAUCUCCAGAUUUUAGAGCAUUCUGGUUGGUCUGUGUGACUUCGAGGGAUUUGUUUGUGGGUUGCAAUUUGACAGUUCUCAAUUCCAGAUGUGGGAUGGAAUUAUAUGCACCAAACCAAUUCUGUCAGGAGCUUGGAUACUGCCAAGACAUUCCAUUCUCGUCAUUGUUUUCUUUCAACCACAGCUACCCAUCUGGUUUGUGAUAGGAGAAUCAGUACCUUAAUCUCCACUCUUGCCAAAAUAACCAGAUGUUACAAACCAUGAUUCUACCAAACCCUCCAUUCCAACCAAGCUGCACUUCCUCUUAUAAAACUUGGUGGCAAGGAUGCUUUCAGCCUUGGUUUCUCGGAGUUUUAGAUAACAUCUCUGCUCUAGUCCCUUUGCCACUCACUAAGAAAUCUGAAGAAAAGGUGUUGUAGAGGAAAGUGGUAAUCUGGAAUCUACCUUGACCAUCCAUCCUAAAAAACCAAAUCUGCCAAGGAGUACUACUAGAAUUCAAACCAAGAGGAAGGUUACCAUUUCAACUGAUUCUUCAGAGGAGUAUACCCCCUCCAAGCAGCAAAGAACUGGAGGAAUCAAAAGGUCAACAGUGAAACCUACAGCUGCCAAGAAGCUCAUCAAAUCUACCUCCUCAUCAGAAUCCACUUUUGCCACGGAAACCCAGAUUCCUUCUAACAAAACAGAAGAUGUUUCUCCCAAGCCAGACCAAGUUGAAGAAAAAAAUUACUGCAAGUGAUGAAGGUGAUUCUACCACCAUCCCUACGAAAUCUAGCAACGGUUCUUCUCCAGCCACAAAGGUUAGGGGUUCUAGAAUCUCUUUGUGCAUAGCUAAUAAAAGCUUUAAAACAGUUAGACCGAAUGAACUUAUGGAUCUAAGCCCAGAAAAAGAGAGUGUUCCUACAUCUGUGGCUUCUCCCGUUAGGCAGGUUGAUGUUGAUGACUCUGAGGUUGUUUUACUGUUCUAAAUCUGUGUGGAUUUUGGAUUCUGGCACUGUAUCUUGCAGUUGAUAAUUUUGGACUUUUGCUUUCAAAUUUGUGUAGAAUUUUGCUGUUUGUGUAGAAUUUUGCUGUUGAUGUUUCUGUAGUUGAUAAUGACUUGGAGGACGAGCUUCUUGCUAGGUUAAACAUGUUGAUGGACCCAUGUGUCAAAUCGAAAUCUGCCUCGGAUAGCAAAGGGAAAUCUGUUGCUAAGGAGACAAAUCUGGAUAUUGAUCCCCCUUCCCAAGAGCAGAUUAACUUCACCAUUUUAACCUUGCAGGAGUUUGUUGAUGAUCCUUCUCACUUUUGCAGGAUAGCCGAUCAACCAGCUGCUUUUGAAGUGGCUCAAAUUCUUAGCCGAGCUCCACAUCUGUCUUUUGCCAAACACAAAUUUUGGGCAGAUUUCUCUAUCAUUUAUGCAGAUUUCAGCAAGAAAUUCCUGGCACUUAAGAGCAAGGUAGUAGCUGUAGAAUCUGUCAGGAAGUCUGUAGCAGAUGGCACUGCCGCUGUCUUUAAGAAGAAGGAAGAAUUCUUGGCAGCGAAAGUUGCUCAUGUCACACAAGUUAAACGUCUCCAAGAGCUUAAAGAAGAAAUUUCUAACCUUGAAGCCAAGCUUUCAGAGUUAAGAAACUAGGUUCCUCUUGUGGAGCAAACUGAGAAGAGUUUGGCAGAACAAAGAAACAAGCUCCGCGGAGACAUACAAGUUGGUUUAAAAUCUGCUUCUAAGAUCAAGGAUCAGCUACCUUCUUUCACAACUUCUGCAGAUCAAGCCGCUGAAGAAAUCAAGAACAUGAGAGAAGAAUGGAGUACUUGGCAAGACAACCUUUGUUGAUUUUUCUUUUAUGUAUAUCCUUUUCUCUUUGUUGGCUGAAAUUGUACAUUGUCAUGUUUGAACUUAUUGUUUGCGGCCUAUUGGCCACGCAACCUACCUUUUCAAUGUUAAUCUUUUUCUUGGCUCAUAUUCUGGAAAUUUGCUUCUUGUACUUUUUGUUCAUACUCUGUUACAGGUUGAAAUUUGA